AUGACGACCUCCCGCCCACCUCGACGACGACAAACCUCCCUCCAGAAAGCCCAGCAUCAUGCGGCUGCCUCCGCGCCCAUGAGCCCCCGAGUGAUCAACGCCGCUCCCUCGCUGGAGAAGGCCCAAAUCCAUGGCAUUGACGACCAGCGUCCAAUGUCCUCCAAGAUCAUGGGCAUGCUGGGCCGCAUCUUCAUCGAGACCAUUCCCCAAUGGCUCACCGUCGGUGCCAUGCUGCUCCUGAUCUUUGGGGGUUGCUGUUCCAACGUCUUUGCCCUGGAGGCUAUCGUCAAGGUUGAGCCCGCCAGUGGCACUCUCUUGACCUUUGUCCAGUUCCUCUUCGUCGCCGUCACCGGUUACAUCUCUCAGUUCGACGAGACUCGGCCUCCGUUCUUCCUACGACCGAACAAGGUGCCAAUACGGCGCUGGCUGAUCAACAUCGUGCUCUUCUUCAGCAUCAAUACGUUGAACAACCAUGCCUUCAGCUACGAUAUCUCCGUUCCCGUCCACAUCAUCCUCAGGUCCGGAGGAAGCAUAACGACCAUGAUCGCGGGAAGCCUUUGGGGCAAGAGAUAUUCUCGCAUACAGGUCAUAGCUGUCAUGCUUCUCACGGUCGGCGUCAUAACCGCCGCCUGGUCAGACGCGCAGACUAAGGGAAGCACGGAAGAGAAAGCAGGAAGCUCACAGAGCUUCAACACCGGCCUCGCCAUCCUCUUCGCCGCCCAGGUCGCCUCCGCCAUCAUGGGUCUGUAUACCGAGGACACAUACCGGAAGUACGGUCCGCAGUGGAAAGAGAACCUGUUCUACUCGCACCUACUCUCCUUGCCGCUCUUUCUCCCGUUCAUGCCGUCCAUGUGGAGGCAGUACAAGAAGCUGGCAAACAGCCCGCCGCUGCCCCUUCCGAUUGCGGAUAUCUUUGGCGUUGACAAGAUACCGGAGCACGUGCAACGCGGCAUCGACAGGAUUUAUAUCCCAAGUCAAGUAUUCUACCUGGCUAUGAACGUCCUGACGCAGUAUGCCUGCAUCCGCGGCGUCAACCUCCUCGCGGCCGCGUCCACUGCACUAACCGUGACGAUCGUCCUGAACAUCCGCAAGCUGGUCAGCCUUCUGCUCAGCAUCUGGCUCUUUGGGAACCAGCUGGCCACGGGCACGCUGCUUGGUGCUUGCAUCGUGUUCUUUGCUGGGGGGCUGUACUCGCUCGACUCGGGCAAGAAGGUGGCCCCGAAGCCCAGGACGACCAAGAUUGGUUGA